GUGCGUGUGCGUGUGUGUGGUAGGGAGGAAUGCGUGUAUGGCAGAGGUGGGGCGCGAGCGCGCAAGAGAGGAAAAGAGAGAGAGCGAUAGCAGUGGGAAGAGGUCGCUAUUAACCGAAUACAUUACAGUCAACGUCUCCCACGGGUUUGCAAAGGGGGAAAGACUAUACUUGCAUUAGCGACAAACAAUUCGAUGUAAAUCAUCAUUAUGGAUUGGAGAUCCCACCGCUUUCUUGUGAAAUACUGCUGCUUUUUGUGAGCUACACAGUGAAAGGGUUGAAGCCAACUGCUAUGCCUAAUGUAAUCCUUUAAUCUGGUGAAGCUAGCCCGGAACUCAGGGGCGCCCCUGAACUAUCCCAGUGGACCAAGGAUUGGGGUGCCGGCAAGGGGAUGUGGAGCGUACUGCGGAGAAGCUGAAUUGUUGCCCGGACUUUUCCUUGCCACAAUGUCGAGCGCAACCCUAAUAAUCUCAGAGGAAAAUCUGGUCGAGAUGCGUGGACUACGAAGUAGCAUCACCAGUCAUGAAACGGACUUUGUGUAUUGCCUGAGCGCGUAAAUCAAGCGCUUCUGCGGCACCAAACCAGGGAUAGAUCUAUGAUGUUAAGUGGAUAUGCGGUUUCAAGACUUUCAUCCUCACCCAAAAAGAAUCAUUACCAUGUGAGGACUGUUCUUCCUGUGAGAGUGCUGGAGUACCUCUGUCCAUCACCAUGGCAUUUGACAGAUUAAACACCUCAAUGCCCUCUACAAGUUUGUCUCUGGAUCCAAAUGUCAAGUCCAGGGGAGGCAAAAUAUCUCUGGGCCCAGCAGCUAGUGAUGUGACAGAGAGAGAGGUAGAGUGAAAGAAAGACAGCAAGACAAAGAAAGGGUCUUUCCAAUGAUAACCCCGGAUCUAGCUUGGAUGGGUCUAAGGUGUCUGCGAUUUUAAAUAUCCUCCACCCCCAAUCCCACCACUGCAAGGAGAAGGAAAAAUGUGAUGAGCGUUGCUAUUGUCCCCUAUACCAGCGUAGAUGGAUGCCGAUGAAGGAGGCACAUUGUUUAAUGAGACCAUUGCUCUUGUGCUGGGAGGCUUGGGACAGCCAAUUACAGAAGGAUUACCAGUAGCCUCCUCCAACGACAGUGCACAUUUACAGGCAAAUUGAACUAAGCAACCCUAUAACCACACUGGGGAAAGUCAAAGAACCCUCCUGUGUGGAUUGCUACUUGUUUUUAAGCGUCCUCUCUAAAUCAAAGGAGGUGGUUUUGUUAAUUGCUUUUCUGACAAGACUCUCAACUUGCCUUUCACAAUGGAGAUACAAUUGCGAUUGUGGAAUAAAGACUGGGCCUCUUUUCUCAGGCCAUGGAUACCCAUACUGCUAGGCCUCCACCUUCAAUUCUCCCGGGCCUCCAACUGCCCUGAGGAGUGUCGCUGCGACCGUACCUUUGUUUACUGCAACGAGAGGAGCUUGACAUCUGUGCCUCUGGGGAUCGGCGAGGGCUACAAGACCCUCUACCUCCACAACAACCAAAUCAACAAUGCUGGCUUUCCUCUGGAGCUUCACCACGUCGCCUCCGUGGAGAACGUGUACCUCUAUGGCAACCAGCUGGAUGAGUUCCCCAUUAACCUGCCCAAGAAUGUGCGGGUGCUCCACCUCCAGGAAAACAACAUCCAGACCAUCUCACGAGCAGCUCUGGCACAGCUUCUGUGGCUGGAAGAGCUACACCUGGAUGACAACUCCAUAUCGACCGUAGGGGUGGAAGAAGGGGCGUUCCGGGAGGCUGUGAGCCUUAAGAUGCUUUUCCUCACCAAGAACCACAUGAGCAGCGUGCCCAUUGGUCUGCCUGAGGACCUGAAGGAACUGCGUCUGGACGAGAACCGUAUUGCUGUCAUCGCCGAGGAGGCGUUCAGGAAUGUUACUCGCCUAGAGCGCCUCCUGUUGGAUGGGAACCUUCUGACAGAUGAGGGCAUUGCCCCUGGAACCUUCCAGGACCUGACGACCCUUCGCGAGCUCUCUUUGGCCCGUAACUCCCUUACAUACCCGCCCUCACUGCUCCCGGGCGAGGUCCUGGCGAAGCUGAAUUUCCAGGAGAAUCAGAUGAAUAAGAUCCCUGUGGCGGCGUUUUCGGGGUUAAGAAAGUUGGAGAGGCUGGAUAUCUCCAGCAACCAGCUGCAGUCGCUGACACAGGGGGUCUUUGACGGUCUCAUCAGCCUGAGACAGCUCACUGUUCGGAACAACCUUUGGCUGUGUGACUGCAGCAUUAAAUGGGUGGUAGUGUGGUUAAAGUCUUUGCCAGCCUCGCUCAACGUGCGCGGUUUCAUGUGCCAAAAGCCAGAGAGGGUCCGGGGGAUGGUGAUCAGGGAGCUCAACGACGAGCUCAUCCAGUGCCCCCACAGCACGCCGGCGGCACCGUUGCCCACCCACCUGCCCACCUCUGCAGGGCAAAGUACCCUCUCCAAUGCCCCCUCAACAUCGGAACACCCCACAGCUACUCAAUUCCCUGAUUACACCUCCAAAAAACCCUCUGCCCCGGCACAAACACCCCUACUGCCCACCUACCCACCCACAGACAGGGAACAUAGAACUAAGAAGCCCCUGGACCCUCGAAGGGAGACGUUGCAAGUCACCUUCGCUGUCCUCAAUGGCUCUGCGAUCCAUGUCAGCUGGAUGGCGGCCUUCCCCGUCACGGCCUACAAGGUCACGUGGGCAAGGAUGGGACCCAGUCUCAACGGGGACACGGUUCGGGAGAGGAUGGUGGGUGGGGAGCACCGGGGCAUCCGACUGGCUAACCUGGAGCCUAAAUCCACCUAUCGCAUCUGUGUCAUCCCACUGGAUGCUUUCAAUAACUACCGUCCCAAAGAUGACACAGUGUGCACAGAGGCUAUCACCACACCAGCUUCCUUCAACCCUGAUAACAAAGGACCGUCCGGUCCGGAGCAGGCCACACAACAGGACCCCAGCACUCCCUUCUUACUAGCUGGUCUCAUCGGUGGGGCAGUGAUUGUAGUCCUUGUGCUGCUACUAAGCAUAUUCUGCUGGCACAUGCACAAGACAGGCAGGUCAUCCUCCACCAACUGGAAAUACAACCGAGGCAGGAGAAAAGACGAUUACUGCGAAGCGGGCACCAAAAAAGAUAACUCCAUCUUGGAAAUGACUGAAACCAGCUUCCAGAUUGUCUCGCUUAACAAUGAGCAGCUCCUCAAGGGAGAUUUUCGCAUCCAGCCUAUUUACACCCCUAAUGGGGGCAUAGGCUUCAGAGACUGCCCCCUGGGGAACAACAGCACAGUGUACUGCAAGAAUAAUGUUCAGGAUGCAGACUUCUGCCAUACAUAAUGGUUUUGGAUAAAGAAAAAAGACUAGAGAAACCUUUGUAUUAAGAAAUAUCCUACACUUACAGGACAUUGUACAGUAUAUAUUUCAAAGACCUCUGUCAACAAUGUAAUUUAUACAACGGCUGGACAAUAAUAUUGGAUUCAGCAAUGCUUUUUUUAUAUUCUUCAGUACAAUCUUGAUUUAUUUGUAAGUUAUUGGUGUUUCUCAAAGUUGUGCUACUGUACUAAGUUCUGUUUGAGCAGACUUGUACAAUCAGAACUCAAUCAUUAGCAUAUUCAAGAUGUUAGGUUUGUAUGUGAUUGCCACAGAUAUCAGGCUAUUUGAAGUCACAGAUAGCAAGUGUAAAAACAAAUUAGAUCUGCUAGACAAGUGAAAGAACCCACAUGAAUAGUAGUCAUAAGACAUGAUGCACAAUUUGGCCAGGAGAAUACAAAUUUAGAAAGGGUUUUCUGUAAAAUGGGUGGAGGUGGAAAGAAAGAGAAACUUCUUAUACAUUUUACCACAAGAGAGCAGAGUUUUGCAAACUUUAAUACAUCAAGUAGCUGUGGCUAUGCAGUUAUGCUGCACUGGCAAUUUAUACAUGAAAGUUUUAGCUGAAUUCCUGAUACAAGUAUUACAUUUAAACAAGUAAAUAUUUUUUAUUUGUCCAGUGAUAACUUAUGUCUGAUAAACAAUUGACAAUUCAAAUAUGACACUUACUGUUUAUUGUAGAUUUGGGCUAUUUACAUAAUUUAUUGAUUAAAGUAUUUUUUUUCUGGAUUAUACACAGGUCACAUGUUUGCUUUCCAAACUAGAAAAACAGUUGAAUAACUACAGUAUGUGUUUUGUGAUAGUUGAGUUUGAACCAUGAGUGUAACUUGUAGGGGAAUAUACUGUAACAAGCACAUCUGACACCUAUUCAGCAGAAUGGGAACCAAUUAUUUUAGAAUUUAAUCAGCCGAAAAUAAGGUUAUGGUAAUACAGUAUAUGUGCCUUGAAAUUAUCAUCUUACAAUGUAAAGUCUUUUGAAUCUAUGUUUUUGCACAAACGUGUACUGUAUAUAUACAAUUGAAUUGUUGUUGAACAAAAAAUUAUGACCUUGUACUUCAUUAUUACUUAUAAAAUCACACUCGCUCCUUGUUUUAUAAAUCACACUUAUGAUCCAUAUGAACUGGAACCCAGAUUGGACAUGGUUAAUAAUGACAUCCCCUUUCCACAUUUACAAAAUAUAUAUGUCACACAUGUUAUCCUUGAGAUGUUCAAUUGCACUACAUGUAGGCCUACAUAUGUCCACAUUUGUUCACUUAAGUGGCUACUUUAUUUUAUCUUUUUUUAUGAUUUUCUUUUUUUCAGGUCAGUGUGCCCCUGAACUGUCCUCAAUACUGUGGACUGUCGAGGGCUUGUAGAUGUCCAGGACUUUACUGAACUAUUUUGAACAUUAGUUUUAUAGUAAUAAUACGCAAUUUAUGACCUUUGCCCUCCACUGUGAUAUACAAAAACAGUUGACAGCCAUUGAACCCAUUGACCAAGGUCCUCCAAAACUGUGUUUCACCAAACAAACAAACACAAAUUAUGUUGUGGUAGCAUGUCUUGAGCUCAGUGCUGAUGAAAACUGAAUGCCCAGCAUGGGCUAUAAUUGGAAGGAGUAUACCUUUAAUUUCAGAUGAUUAUUGUGUAUUGUUUUGAGUGUGUGUUGAUCUAAUCCUUGCGCCAU